AUCUCUACUGCAAACUACCAGCAUGUGAAGAUAUGUAUGGCCUAGCUUAUCUAUCACACAAAGAGAGAGCUUGCCAAGUCCAAAACCUUGACAUCUUCAAUCCCGGCAAAACCUGCGUGGAAUAUCUGCUUCACAUGUUAUUAGGCUGGCUUCUUGUUUCAUUAACCCAGCCAGAUUUGGCUCUCCGAUUGCUUGCUGGCUGCACUUCCCUGAUCUUUCCUUGAGUUUGUUAAACAAAUAGCGACGCAGCGUACGUCCUGCCAACGAUCUCCAACUUCGCAACUUUUGCACUGCUACCCCUGCAUCCUGCUUACCCUUCAGCUUCACACAGCCUGUCAGCCAUUGCACUACUACCUUUUCUUUCCUUUUGGUUGGUCUAGCUUGUUUCUACUACAAAAGUAUGAAGUUUGCUUCAUAAGCGCGAGGAGAGAACCUGGAAGCUACUCACAAAGUUUCUCCCUCGGAGCUUAUGCGUAGUUAAGGCUCUGAAAUGAGUAAUGAGUGCUGAGGAUAGACUUGAGCGAGCUUCCUCCCAUUCUCAUGCUCUGCUAGCUUAUGGAGAUUGCCAGUGGUCAUGACCUGUAACCAAAGAAGAGGAAAAAUGCGAGAUAAGCAGCUGGAACAUGAGAACCAGCAGCUGGAACAUGAGAACCAGGGCACCAGGAAUGGCUGCUGAUCUGCUUGGUACUCAUAGAAUCCUCCUCGCCUUGUUGGAGAUAAAGGAAACCAUCACAAGGGAUAUAGAGAGUAGAGAUUCUUUCAAGAAGACAGCCAAAUUAUUGCUGAAAGCUAGUGGGCAAAAGCUUUUGCACUGCUUGGAGGAGCCAAUGGAUGAGCAUUCCAAGCAUGAUAGGAAGGAAUCUGUUAGGAGAACAAUCAUGGAGCAUGAUAAGGUCUUCAGACAGCAGGUGCACGAACUGCAUCGGCUAUAUCAUGUACAGAAAUCACUGAUGACUGAAGUUGGUUGUGGGAAGCAUUUCCAAUCUAGAACAGAAGAAAGUCAACAAAUAGUGCAGAGAUCAAGAUCAAACCAUAACAGAAGUCCUUCCACCUCUGAGACUAAUCAAUCUGCUUGCCUUGGUAAUGCACAACACUCUGCUACCCCGCAAGUACCUGAACAUUUGGGUCUUCAAGAAUGCAAACCAAGAACAUGCUUAAGCCUCUUCAGUGAAGAAAACUCAGCAACCAAAGAAGGAAAUCGCACAGAAAACCCAGUAGGCAGCCAUAAAGCAGUCGAAGAUGGAAAUUGUAGUGCCUCUGUGGAGAGUGAUCUUGACCUCAAACUAAGCAUCGGCCCCAGUUCACCUGCAACAAAAGGACCACAUUGGCUAUUCUCGGGCAGCAGGGAAAGAAACCCUUCUGGUCAGCAUCGAUGAGACAAGUUGGUUAUCUAAUUAGUUAGUUAGAUGGUGUAAUGGCACAGCGCCAGAGUUUCAUUCUGUGCAAGACAAAGCCCCCGUAAAAAGGGCAUAUGCAUUUGUGGAAAUACAAGUCUGAAGAACAAUGCAGUUUUAACACCUAA